GAUCUUUUGCAAGCCUGCCAAAAUACCAUGCUAAGGAAGACUCAUCGUCUCUGCAACUAUACAGAGAGGCCCAACGAUCCCACAAGGUGUCCGAAAGGAUCAGUCUGACACCUCAGAGGUCCAGUCCGCCCAAUGCAGUGACAACCUGUGAUUACCACUUCCGGUAUACCUAGCGGAUAAGCUCCACUACGGCGGACUAAAUCGAAGUUCCGGAAUCAUUUGCGCAUUCCAACAACAGCAUAUAUCAGAUCGGUUCAAUGCUUCAAAAUGGCAGCUUCUUUGGCUAAUAAGGUCUUUAUAGGGACCUGUGCUGCGUCAGGAAUAGGCUUAGCUACCGCAAAGCUCCUUCUUUCGCGGGGCAUCGCUAGGCAUCACCGACUAGACUUCAGCAGAAUCCAUUCUGGGUCCAAGGUCUGGACCCGUUAUCCAACCCAUUGCGGUUUAAAGUAUGAAUGGAUUUUGUCGAAGUCUAUUACCGACAUCAACUCGAAGCCGCUGUAGCAACUCCACGAAUCCCUGGAUUCCACACUGGAAGCCCAUGAGUCUUGUCAACGAAUUGAGGUCACCGACCGGAAUUCUGUUGAAGGGUUCCUUGACGCAACAAAGGCGCAGCUUGCAUUUCUAGAUGGCAUGGCCAACAUAGCAGGUAGUUGUGACCGACUGACGGGAUCACCCUCAAUCUCGCAGAUCCCCAACGACGAAUACGAUUUCAUCAUGAACAUCAAAGUGCAUGGCUCUGUUGUUUCAAGCACAUAACGCUCCAUGUCCUAUUAUCUCCAUGGGGCAUUAAGGGGAAUCUUGGGCCAGUCCAUGGCCUUAUCAAAUCCAAGUCUGUGAUUAUUUGGGUCCAAA